GCAGAGCCUCGUUGUGGGUGUAAACGGCGGAUUUUUUGAAAAUGGGGGGAUUGUGUUUCGAGGCGGAUGGCGUGAAGCGGCCUGUUUUUGAGUAGUUAUUCCGUGCCCUGGGGAGGGGCGGCGGUUAACGGUAUGGCGACCGUCUGCAUCGGCGAUACGAUAAAGGACUUCAAGGUUUUAACGCUCUUGGGGAAGGGUUCGUUUGCAUGUGUUUACAGAGCAAAAUCUGUCAGCACAGGUCUGGAAGUAGCGAUAAAAAUGAUUGACAAAAAGGCAAUGCACAAAGUAGGAAUGGUACAGAGAGUCCGUAAUGAGGUGGAGAUUCACUGUCAGUUGAAGCAUCCUUCUAUAUUGGAGCUUUACAACUAUUUUGAAGAUGACAAUUAUGUCUAUUUAGUCUUGGAAAUGUGUCAUAAUGGAGAGAUGAGCAGAUAUCUGAAGAACAGGAAAGCUACAUUUUCUGAAGAUGAAGCUCGACACUUCAUGCAUCAUAUUGUUACUGGAAUGCUCUACCUCCACUCGCAUGGUAUACUGCAUCGGGACCUCACCCUUUCCAACCUCCUCCUUACAAGCGAUAUGAACAUAAAGAUUGCUGAUUUUGGAUUGGCAACACAACUGAAAAUGCCAAAUGAAAAACAUUUUACUAUGUGUGGGACCCCCAAUUACAUUGCACCAGAGAUUGCAACCCACAGUGCUCACGGUCUUGAAUCUGAUGUCUGGUCUCUUGGUUGCAUGUUUUAUACCUUUCUGGUGGGAAAGCCACCAUUUGAUACUGACACAGUUAAACAUACACUUAAUAAGGUGAUGCUAGCAGAUUAUAAAAUGCCAACAUUUAUCUCUAAUGAGGCUCAAGAUCUCAUUUACCAACUGCUUCGAAAAAAUCCAGAAGACCGUAUCAGUCUUUCUAGUGUAUUAGAUCAUUCAUUCAUGUUAAAAUGCCCUUCAUCCAGAAGUAAAAGUUCAGAAACUGUGGAGGAUUCAAUGGAUAGUGGGCAUGCCACGAUUUCAACAGGAUAUACCAUAGGAACAGGAUCUUCUGGUGCAAGUACAAUGGGACACUUGCAACUAAAGACUAAACAAGUUAUAGGACAGUUUCUUCCCAACAAAAUGGCAGUCAUCACCUCUCACAAUAGACUGAAUAGUUCAUCCAUGGAAGGCAGCGCAGUCUUUAGUGACAAAAGUAUACAAAACUCUGAAAUUAUCCGAGCUGACAGAGGAAGAAUUGUACAAAUUGCAGAGGAAGAACGACCUCACUCUCGUUGGCUUCGUAGGGCACACUCCACUGAUAGAUCUGGUACCUUUCAAAGUCAGAUUACAGAAAAGCCCGGUAGUACUUUGGAGCGAUGUCACUCUGUUGAUGCUCUGACUAUUUCUGCCAGACCUGGAAUGUACAGUCCUGCAAAUCUGUAUGGAGAUGAUUAUAUAGAUAAUCAGCAAGUCAAUAAAGACAGUUCAGAUAUUGAUGGCUCACAUGAUAAAUCCACCAUAUCGCCACCUGUCAAGCAGGCAGCAAAAUCAAAAGUUGCUCAGGAGCCUGAGUCCAAUGGGCCAUUCUUGGAGCAGUUGUCUCAGAUUGGCAUGACGCAUCGCUGGUUUGAAGAUGGUCAGGCACAUAAUGCUCCAUUCAAAACCGUUAUGGAUGUUAGUGCCGAAAGCAGCACUCGUGGAAGUUUCCAAUGUGGAAGAAAACAACAGGUUAUGAAAGAAGUAAUAUCAGCAAGUACAUGGGGAAAACAUCCUCGCAACCAAGUGAAAAAUGAUAGUUUUUAUCAAGAAAGCUGUUUCAAAGCACAGAUGGGAAUUUGGAAGUAUGAUGGAGUUCUUCGACCGCAUUCUGCCAAAGCAGGUAAUGGGCAAGCAGACGUUCCGUACAACUGUCGUCAAGUUUUGAAACCACAAGGCUUCAUCCAACAGGAAAGAAAACCUUCUGAGAAUCAGUCAAAGAUGUUGCAAGAGUUGGUGUCACCACUGAGGGCCCACAGACUUAAACCGAUCCGUCAGAAAACCAAAAAUGCAGUGGUGAGCAUUCUCGACUCUGAAGAAGUAUGUAUGGAACUUCUAAAAGGGAGUGGCACUCAAGAGCGUGUGAAGGAGGUACUUAGAAUAUCCUCAGAUGGAAGCAUGAUCCAUAUUUAUUACCCAAAUGAGGGAAAAGGUUUCCCACUGGAUGACAGGCCUCCGUCUCCACCCGAGGAUGUAUUUGUUUAUCGUUUUGACAACUUGCCAGAAAAGUACUGGAAAAAAUACCAAUAUGCAUCCAAGUUUGUCCAUUUGGUGAGAUCCAAAACUCCAAAGGUCACACUGUACACGAAAUAUGCCAAAUGCAUGCUGAUGGAGAACAGUCCACAAGCUGAUGUUGAAGUCUGCUUUUAUGAUGGAGCCAAAAUUAACAAAUCAUCAGAGUUUCUUCGAAUCAUAGAGAAAUCUGGAAAAUCGCAUACUUUCAAAGGAACCAAAAUAAAUGGGCCAAGCGAAGAAAUAAAUUCUUAUGUGGAACAUGCACAUGAGGCUCAUCAGACUUGCCUUGAACUGGAAUCGAUUAUUGCUAUGCAAGAUGAGAGGAAGGAAAAACAGGUGUCAUUUUUUCCAAUUAUCAUUGGAAGACGGCCAUCCAGCACAGACCCGAUGCUAUCUCCAGCUCCUUCAGUAGGCUCAAAAUCUGCAGUAGGGGAGCAACCACAGAUCCAACAUAUCUUUUCUAGCCAGGCUACAAGCAUUACUCCUUCUUCUAUUUGUUCAUGUGAAAGCUCCAAUUUAACAACAAUCACUGUUGAAAAAAAUAAAUCUGCACCUUCAACUCAAACUGUGGUAUCUCCAAGUCCUGGGCAGGUGCUGAAAUCUGUGUUUGUACCUAAUGUUGGUUGGGCUUCUCAGUUAAUCAGUGGUGAAGUCUGGGUUCAAUUUAACGAUGGUUCCCAGCUCCUGGUGCAAGCUGGAGUCGCAUCUGUUAUUUACACAUCUCCUCAGGGCCAAGCAAUCAGGUAUGGGCAAAAUGAGAAGAUUCCAGACCAUGUGAAAGGGAAACUACAGUGCCUCUCUUCAAUCCUAGGAUUACUGGCAAAUCAAACAAACCAACGUACAAUUCAGUAAGCAAGCUCAUCUGCUAUAAUGUGAAGUCAGAAGUUUAACAACAUUUUCUACUCGUAUACUGUCAUACAGUAUGUUUUCAGAGAAAAACUGAGCUUUUUCUAAAAAGUAUGAAAUUUGAUUAACAACUAACCAAGUUCAAGCUGAAGUUUAUAAAACAAAGUGUAAAUAUGCUAUAAAUAGUCUGUAUAUUUUGUAAUGCUUGUUAAUGUACAUUGAAGACUUUUAUUUUUCUAUUGCUCAUUUAAGUGUAUUUUGAAUGAACAUCAAUGUCAUGUUAAAACAGUUUUUUAAAAUGUUGAAGUGGUAGAUUGUUGAAUUGUAUUUGUCUGCUUUAUGUAUAAAAGGGAUUUAUACAAAUUAUAUAAACUUGUUCAUGAACUUUGGUUUUGAAAGACAAUUUUAUAUAGGCAUUAUAUAUACUUUUGUCACUGUUUUGAUUUCAACCACUUUAGCAUUAAUCUAUUUGAGGCAUGUUCUAGCUUCACACUUUUUUUCAUCUAUUGUAAGUAGAACACUUCUUUCUAUUCCUCUUCCAAAAUGAAAUUCAGAAUUGUACUCUAUAUCCUGUUACACAACAUCAGCAUCAUGGAACCUUUUUAAUCCUGGAUUUUUAACACAUUUUGAAAUCUUGAAAUAUCGAAACAAAGCAAUUUGCAAAAUACCAGAAAAUAUAACAUUACUUGCUAAUGUGGAAAAUGUUAAGAAAAUUUGGCUGCAGUACUUAUGCAUUUUGACUGGUUUUAAAAUCAAUAAGUAUUUACUAAUUUGGUUUUAAUCUCUGGGGUCCAACCUUGAGUACACGCCUGAAAAGUAAUGAUUUGCUGAAGUGAAUGAAACUAGCAUCCAUUGCUGAAAUAGCAUGAAUUGUUUCUAUAUUGUGAUAUUGAUAGUUAUCUUACAAAAACAAGUCUAGACUUUGCCAUCAUUCCCUGUCAUUACUGUAAAUUAUGUAUAUUGUGCAUAUAUUUGUACUAUAUUGUUUUGUAUAUAGUUGACUAUUUUAAUACAACAAUUGUUUUGUACUUUUUGUUCUAGUUUACUGCUAUAUAAAAAUUAGUUUGACUGAAUUCCCCUUAAACUCACAUUUCAAGAUCUUUUGCCCUUUUUUGCAAUUUUAAAAAUUUACUGUAGGCGUGUAUCCUUUUUUUUAAAUACAAAGAGGCUGAACUGAAGGUUGUUUAAGAUAACAAGAGUUGGCAUUCAUGAUGUUUUCUAACUUGUAACUAUCUCAACAAUCCAAUCACCCAUCCAUUCCACUGGAUAGUUUUCACUUCCCUAUUCUGUUAUGAGCUGAAAAUGUGUUGUUGGAAAAGCGCAGCAGGUCAGGCAGCAUCCAAGGAACAGG